UCCCACACAGCCGGUCACGAGUAGCUUGCUACUGCUGGACAGCGCUCAUUCUCAAGAAAACUUGGGUUGGUAAUAGUCACGAAUUAACAGCAGAGCUGGUCGAUCUACAAGGUUGCAUCGAACUUCAUACACGGAACGAAUUAUCGAGGCAAUAUAAAUAUAUUCCACCAAACAAAAUGUUCACGUGUACAAUACUUCUGGUGACGACACUUGUUCUGCUCGCUCUCAUUGUACCAGUGCGGUCAGUGGACGCCACCACGAGAUCGCCGGGAAUCAAGAGAAGAAUCUUAGACCACGCGUGCGACGGGGCGUGCAACUUCAUAGCAAGCCACUGUAAUUACUGUGGGAAGGAUAGCAUUGACGUCGUUGAUGACGGGAUGACGGGAGGCAUAGUGGAACAUGUUGGAGCGGUCGCCUGCUCAGUUGUGUGUGACUUUACAGAGAGGAAAUGUCACUGCUACGAUGAUGACGAGUCUUGUGAUGGUACGUGUUAAUACGUGGAUCCCGAGCGUAGGACCAGUAUUUAC